AUGACAGGAGGGAAUUGGUACAAUAUAAUUAGGGUUAAGGAUGCAUAUGAGCACAUGAAGAAAAGGAGCAUUCAGCAACAAUAUGUACCCUCCAAUUACAAACUUCACAUCAUCGACAACCAAUCCACUUUAGUUGCCUUCAAAUUAAAUGUAAGAGAGGAGAAGAUUGAUGAGGAAUUUGAUGAUGUUGAUGGUUUUGAUGGUAUGGGUAGGAUAAUUGAAAUUGAGAAAAGAAAGAAAAGGAAAGGGAGAAGGCGGAAGGAAAAUGUUGGGCCUCCAACUUCAAGUGAUUGGGAAAAGAUCAAGUUGUACGUAAAGUUUCUUCUAGUGUUUUACCUUGCAACUUUGAAAUUUUCAGAUAUUGUGAAGUUGUGUGCAACCGAUGAUAGUGAUUUGCAUGAUUUGGCACUUGGUAUGAGUGAAAAGUUUGACAAGUAUUGGAGAGAUUUUGAAAAGAUUGAUCAAAUGUUGAUGUUUGCGGUUGUUCUUGACCCUCGAUGCAAAAUUGGAUUCUUUGAAUAUUGCUUUCAAAAUACUUUGGGCUAUGAUAAGACGCUGUGUGUGAAGAAUAAUGCAAGCUUGAAUGUGCGUAGCCAAGAGGUUGGGAGAUUAUCGAACAAAAUAGAUUGGGAUGGAGUUAAAAUGCAUAUUGGUAAUCAUAAAUCUUUGAAAUCUCAAUUUAAGGUGCACAUGCAAAAGGAAACCAAAGUGGCAAGCAAAUUGGAAUUGGAAAAGUAUCUUGCGGAAGCUAGUGAGGAUGAUAGUGACAACUUUGAUGUAUUGAGUUGGUGGAAGUUAAACUCCUCUAAGUAUCCAAUUGUCUCUCAAAUGGUACAAGAUGUGCUAGCUAUCCCUGUGUCCACGGUUGCCUACGAAUCCGCUUUUAGCAUGAGCGGACGUGUGAUUGAUCCCUAUCGAAGUUCUCUCUCUCCAAAGACCGUGGAGGCUCUUAUUUGCACACAACAAUGGCUAAGAAAACCAACAAAAAUCAGUAUCAGAGAACAACUUGAUGAGUUGGAGCAAUUAGAUUCAGUACUACUCUUUGGAGUUCUUGAUUUCUUUAUGUUAUGGGUGUUGAUGGCUUUUUGUCUUGAGGUGUUGAUGGCGAUUUGUCUUUACAUGUUGAUGGCUUUUUGA